AUGGACGAUCCUAAGGCGAAGAAGUCGGUUUCUUUGCAGUCGUUACUGAGCGGGUAUUCAAAGAAGGACAAGAAAGGGUCCAAAAUAGAACAAAAAUCAACUCCAUCUGUUGAAUCACGGUCCAAUACGAGCACUGAGCAAUCUGCAGAUGAAAUUGAAGAGAGUACUAUUGACCCGGAAUUGUUAUUUACUGAUCCGACUGAUGAAUUGUGUAUUUUGGGAGAUAAGUCAAGAAAGCGGAGCUUGACUGACCUUAUAAUGACGGAGAAGCCUCAUGAGGUUAUAACGAUUAAUGAUGAUGAGGAUGUGCAGUUAUCUGAUUAUAGGACUGCUGAAAGCGUUAGGGAUGUGAACGUGAAAUCAUUAAAGGAUGUACUGACAGGAGCGUACGGCAAGAAAAGGAAGACUGUAGUUGAUAAAGAAAAAACUGUCCAACAAGCCCAAGAGGAGCUUCUUAAGUCUUUCACGAAUACUAGAAAGAUCAUUUUAAAGGAUUUGUUUGUGCAAUAUCAGUCUGCUGACAAGAAUCAUGCUGACGGGGAAGAGUCGAAAGGUGUAUCACCGCAGCAUAAAUGCAAACGGCUAAACGAUAUCUCGAAACUAACAGAAGUCAAUGCACCCUGGCCAAAGCAUCAAAAUAUAAGUGAUUCUGAGGUACUGUUACAUAAACCGCUUUUUCUGACCCCGAAAAAGGUCGGUUUAUUUGAAGACCCGAAAUUUGUUAUUAGUGAAUAUGCAUCGUUAAACAAUAAGAACGAUGAUAAUGGUGUGCAGAAGUACACUGUUGAGUAUGAGGAUGGCUUUAAACCUUCGAAGACUAUUUGGACAGAAACAUUCAAACCCAAUGAGAUUGAAGAUGUGAUGAUUGCAACUAAAGUGAAGAAUUCUGUACGAACAUGGAUCGAAUCUGCAUUCAAUAAACUAAAGAAGCCUACAGAUAGAUCGCUCCUUUACCAGCGAGGGAUAAAUUCAGUAGAAGAUGAAUUUAAGGAUUUUAUUAUAGAUGAAGGAUCUGAUGAAAUCGAUGGAAAUUAUGACAGAUUAGAAAGAUUCGUACCUCUAAUGAUUCUGGCAGGAGAAACUGGUAAGUUUACAUUACUAGAGGUCAUUAUGAAUGAUAUUGGGGGUGAAAUUUUUGAAAUUAAUAGCAGUUCAAACAGAGGUAGGAAAAAUAUAUGGGAGAAUAUAAAAGAGUUCUCUACGACGCAUUUUGUCAAGAAUACAGGAUCAUAUGGAUUGAUUGUAUUUGAUGAUGCUGAUAUUAUAUUCAAUGAAAGAGAUAAAUUUUUCUGGUCAGCAGUGGAAAAGACCCUCUGUAUCAGCAGAAGGCCAAUCGUACUUACUUGCCGUGAUGUGAAUAACUUACCAAGCAAUUUUGUUCAAUUAGCAAAGGAACAAGGCUCCUUAUUUCAGGUUAAGAAGGUAAAAGUCGAUGCCAUUUUAAAGUAUCUGGAGACAUGUACAAAAAAGUUGAAUAUUAAGAUUUCAGAUAAUGUACUUCGACAAAUUAUCGAGGGCUCUAACAGAGAUAUUCGGUCUUGUAUUUUGCAAUUACAAUAUUUAUGCACCGCACCGGGCCAUAUAUCUGAGAAAGUUACGAAAACAGAGACUAAAAGUUACACUCAGCUUAUAGAAUAUAUCAGAGAUAUUGAAAGUUUAUCAGUUGCAGAUAUCUUGGAAGCAAGAACGUGGAAUAGGUCAUUUAUACCUGAUGAUGUCGAUGAAUCCUUAAUUAAUUCAAAAUGUACUUCUGUUCGCUACCAGUCAGAAGAAGAAUCAAUGAGACGUGAUUAUCUGCUUGAUUAUAGAACACAUUUGGUAGACAGCUUGCAUUCACCAUUGAAGAGCUUUGAAUUAAAUAUAGCAAAGUAUCUACAAAAAAAGCUGACUCAUAGACCUGAACAACAUCUCAGGAACGUAAAAAGGUUUUAUAGAACCUUCACAUACGAGGCAAUUAAGUUUUUGUCUUCCAGCAUUGUCAGAAACUCCAAUGGAUACGCUUCUUCCAGGCUGACAAGGAGUGCAAAGCGUACAAAUUAUCUUAUGGAUCCCGGAAGACGUCAAACUACUGAAGAAGCAGACUGUUCUGAUGCUUACUUUGAUUUUAUUUCUACUCAUACCGUAAGGCAGGUAUCACGAGACAUCAUGCCGUUCUUCCAUGUAUUUGCGACUAUAUCUCAACAAACUAGGUCUCAUAACAUGGCCUUAUAUAAACAGCGCAACGCAGCAAUGAAUCCAGAAGGUAAGCUAGGUACGGAUGAUAUCGUUGCUGAUUUGCUGCAAAAAGGUUUACUCAAGAAGCUGUAUUUCAGCUCUUCUCCUGAUAGGGUCAUUGAACUAUGGGAACAACAGGAGUGUACAUAA